ACUAUGCAGUUCUACAUCAAACUGUAUAAAAACUCUCAUUAUGUAUUUGCCUGUGUAGUUGCAGGGCUAAAUCUGUAUUAUUGCUAAAGAAUAUGCACAUAGCUGCACGUGCACGCCUGAGGAAAAGAGGAUAUCGUGCUGCCGGUGCUGCGAGAAAGAGAGAGAGAGAGGGAACUGUGCCGAGCUUUCAUCAUUAUAAUCACCACCCUAAGUACUAGCUCUUAACAUUUUGUUUUUCGGUGUUCAGGCGAGAAGUGACAAGAAUAUAGACCCCUCCUCUGCAGGGCGGAGCGUGCAUUUUCAUUCCGUAUUUUGUAUUUUUUAUUUUUUUUUCUAGCCCUGUUCCCUGCUCUGACACGUCUGCACUGAGUGAGUGGCAUUGGCACACUGUCAAUCGCUCACUACCGCUGCCAUCAAACAACAUAAAACACACACAGGCAGAGGCUGGAGCUCAUAAAUUUCAGCAGGGCAACAUAUUUUUUGCGCAUCGCCUUUACACAGCGUUGUGUCCUCAUUAAUUUCUCCUUCAUUUUUUUCUAAACACAACUUUUUUUUUUUCUACAUUUCAUAUUUUUAUAGUCAUAUUUGGACACCUUACGCCGCAGCUCGUGGUUUUUUUUUUUAUACGCGGGAAUCAAUUCUACACAUUUAUAGUUGGCAACACCUGCAAGAUUUUUCUAUGUGUUUACACGUUUCCACAUUGGAUAUUUUUUUGUUGCCGGUGCUUCGCGAGGACGAUUUGGACAUUUUUUUCUUUGGAAAGGAAAUGCGCCGGGAAUCCCACGAAGAGCGCUAAUAAAUGAGAGAUCACCAGGAGCGUUUCUGUCUCUAGCAGCCGUCAAAUCCAAGAGAAAAGACAGAUUGGCACGAGGAUCCGCGCAAGGAACGAUGGACCGGCAAUUUUGACAGAGAAGUUUCAAAGAAGAAAGAAGAUUUAUGCGUUUUUCUACUGACACAUUAACGCGUUUUGGCACUUUGGACCGCGCGUAAAAAAGCGAGAGGACAGCGAGAACUUGGACUCAAGAUUUACACUAAAACACCACUGCUAGGUGUUUUUUUUUUUUUAUCAGAGAAACGUGUGUGCGCUGUUUCGCUGAAGAAAUCCCACAACCGUGCAUCCCUCCUGUCUGCGGCACAUGUUAUAACCCAUUUCGUAUAUGAGUUUUUCAAUUUGUGUGGCUCAGUGCACAGACUCUUUAGCGGCUACUAUGGACGAUCAAGCCCGGAUCAUGCAGUCCCUCGGCGGUGUGAGUCUGGGCGGCCACUCGGUACAAGGAGGCAUGGCACUGCCGCCUCCACAUGGACACGAUGGGACGGACGGAGACGGAAGAAAACAAGACAUUGGUGACAUUCUGCAUCAAAUCAUGACCAUAACUGAUCAGAGUCUGGACGAGGCGCAAGCAAAAAACAGGAAACAUGGACUGAACUGUCACAGAAUGAAACCAGCACUCUUCAGCGUUCUCUGUGAAAUCAAAGAAAAGACAGGUCUCAGCAUCCGCGGAGCUCAGGAGGAGGACCCCCCAGACCCCCAGCUCAUGCGCUUAGACAACAUGCUACUGGCAGAGGGCGUGGCGGGACCGGAGAAAGGUGGCGGAUCUGCCGCUGCAGCAGCUGCAGCCGCGGCCUCCGGAGCGGCAGGCGACAACUCCAUUGAACAUUCCGACUACAGAGCCAAACUCACCCAGAUCAGACAGAUCUACCACACAGAGCUGGAGAAAUACGAGCAGGCAUGUAAUGAAUUUACUACCCAUGUGAUGAACCUGCUGAGGGAACAGUCUCGCACGCGGCCCAUCUCCCCCAAAGAGAUCGAGCGUAUGGUGGGAAUCAUCCACCGUAAGUUCAGCUCCAUCCAGAUGCAGCUGAAACAGAGCACCUGUGAGGCUGUCAUGAUCCUGCGCUCCAGAUUCCUUGAUGCCAGGCGGAAAAGGAGAAACUUUAGCAAGCAGGCGACGGAAAUUUUGAACGAAUAUUUCUACUCGCACCUCAGCAACCCAUAUCCGAGCGAGGAGGCCAAAGAGGAGCUGGCUAAGAAGUGCAGCAUCACAGUUUCCCAGGGGGUGGGAAGCACCAUCACAGUAUCACAGGUAUCCAACUGGUUUGGCAACAAAAGGAUCCGGUACAAGAAAAAUAUCGGCAAGUUUCAGGAAGAAGCCAACCUGUAUGCCGCCAAGACCGCCGUAAACGCGGCACACGCUGCAGCCGCUGCAGUGCAGAGCCAGGCCAACUCCCCUACCACACCCAACUCCGGAUUCCAGAUGAAAGAUGAAGAGUUUCAGCUGGAUUCUGCCGAGAGCAAAAACACUCUUUUAACCAACAUGUUUACUGGUUCUUCAGGUUCUUUUAACCUCCCAAACUCUGGGGACAUGUUCUUGAGCAUGCAGAGUCUGAAUGGGGAUUCUUACCAAGGGGCACAAGUCGGAGCCAAUGUACAGUCACAGGUGGAUACCCUGCGCCAUGUUAUCAGUCAGACGGCAGGAUACAAUGAUGCUCUGAGGGGAAACACCAUGUACAGUCCACAUGGCUUAAAUGCUAAUGGAGGGUGGCAAGAUGCAACAACUCCGUCUUCUGUAAUAUCUCCAACAGAAGGACCAGGAAGUGUGCACUCGGAUACCUCGAAUUGAUCUGCUAUUAAUGCAUCUGCGCCUCCAGAUGGGCAAAUGGACUCUUUGAACAAGAAAACAAAAAAAAAAAAGACUUUUCACGACAGAUUUGUUUCCCUGUUCCAUCCAAUGUCAAGCAGAUUCCACGCAAUUGGACAUCAUCCAUUAUUAAGUGUUUCCUGAUUGUUCAGUGGUUUCUUUCUGUCGUCAUGAAUCAUCAUGCUCUUAUUUGUGUGUUGUAGGGGUAAGCACACACACGUGCAAACAGAUCAGUACAUUUUGAGGAUGUGUACUUUAUAUACUACUUUACAAUCUAUUCAACACUUUUUAAGACGUUUUAAUUUGUGUGAUUUCUGGUUUAAUUACCGCUUUCCACUCUCAUAAUUGCGUUCUCAUUCAGAUCAUACAAUACACAGAUUCAAGCAGCUGUUUCUUUGACUGUAAUGUGCUCGCAAUCUUGUCCAGCAACUCAACAAUGCUACCGCUGACAGCUCCAUGGCAGCUUUGUAGUUCCUUUCAAGAUUUAUUUUUGCCUUACAGCUGUAUACAUUAGUCGAAGGAAAUCACUAUUCAAAGUCUGGAACAUAAAGGAGUGUAAUUGAUUGCUUGACUUUAACAUGACACCAUUCCAUAUUUUAUAAUUUGAUGUUAAGAAUGUACAUAUGUAAACAUUUUUUUUUAUUUGUACUUGCUUAUCAAACAAAUCCCCCCCCCCCGAACAGUAGAUCAUCCCGUCAGCGACCGCACGCAGGAGCCGGCCCCCGUUACACAGGAAAAGUUGUACAUAAUAUAGCUUAAGAGUAAUUAUACAUCCAACCAAUCAAUACACAGCUUUAUUACCUCAUUCAAAUUCAUACACCCAUUAUUUCCAACAUUUCUGUAGCUUAGAGUGCUCACUUACUACCUCUAAACAGCAUCACCACCACACUUUGUUUUGCUCUAAUUUCCUGUUUUGAUGAAGUUCAUUGGAUUCCAUCUCGUAACACUGUAAACUCUUCAUUCUCUAUGUAAUCUAAUGUAUAUUUUAAUCUUUUAAUAAAAUGCUGUGGCCGCACAGCGACGUAAAAAUGACAAAAAUUAAACAAUGAAAAUGAUAACAAUAUUAAUACCAUGAGAAAUGGACGGGGAGAGGGAGGGGGAGGGGAGGGAGGAAGUUGUUGGUUUGUGGCUUUUACGAGGGGUUGCGAUGAACAUUGUUGAUAAAUUAACACCAAACAGUAAAACUGUUGUAAAUACUGAAGAAGAAGAAGAAAAAAAACAUUUUGAAUGUUGCUCAUCUUGUUACUAAAUCAUGCAAAAAAAGAAAAGAAAAACUGAGUAUAAAAAGUGUAAUGCAUAGAGGUUUCAGUAUUCAGAACUGUACAUUCUGAGCUCUGUUCAACAGGGUGCAAAACUUCUUUUCUCUUUUUUCUAUUGUAUGUGAUUCUGAAACGGAAAAGUCAUGACAAAUGAUUUGUGGCAGUGAUUCUAAUGUAUUAAAGAUGUUUAGUGUUUCUUUCUAACCAGACUACGCCCUGGACUGAAAAGUCUUCCUUGUGGUAGUUGUGUGAUUUCAAACAUGAAUAAACCUUUUGCUUUCAUGA